CAAUUCCGCGCGCAAAACUGAGGGCGGCAUCAUGGAAGCCCAGGACGUAGACGCUGCUGCGCCGCCUACAGAGGAACAGGAACAGGAAACGCAACAGCAACAGGUUUUAACAGCGCAGGAGUCGAUGGAAACGGAGGAGGCCACGAGUGAGACUCAGCCGCCAUCGACGCCCACCGCCAAGAGCCCGACGCCACCUGUCGCCACCACUCCGACAGUCUUGACGCCCGCCAAACCUUCGCCUGUGAAGCGUCUGAUGAUCACCAAGAUGCAUCUAGAGAACUUUAAAUCUUACGCAGGUAAAGUCGAGAUCGGCCCCUUCCACAAAUGCUUCAGUGCCGUCGUGGGCCCCAACGGCAGCGGCAAAUCGAACGUCAUCGACGCGCUUCUCUUCGUGUUUGGCAAACGCGCGUCCAAGCUUCGUCUCAAGAAAGUCUCGGAGCUGGUACAUCGCUCCGCCAACUUCCCGAACUUGGACAUGGCUACAGUCUCUGUCUAUUUCCAGGAAAUCAUCGACACAGACGAGCAGGAGGCCACAGCCACAGACAAUGAAGCCAACUACACAGUCGUUCCAAACUCGCAGUUCAGCGUCACACGCACUGCAACGAAGGGAAACGUGAGCAAAUAUUACGUUAAUGACCGCCCCAGCAACUUUACGCGCGUCACCGAGCUGCUCCAGGCCAAGGGAAUCGACUUGGACAACAACCGCUUCCUCAUUCUGCAGGGAGAAGUGGAGCAGAUCGCCAUGAUGAAGAGCAAGGGCGCGGAGGGCACGAACGAGGACGGACUGCUAGAGUACCUGGAAGAUAUCAUCGGCUCCAACGUCUACGUGGAGCCCACCGAGCGCGUGUGGGACGAGGUGGAGCAGUGCAACGACGUGCGAGGAGACAAAGUGAACCGCGUCAAGCUGGUGGAGAAGGAGAAGGCUCACCUGGAGGGCCCACGCGCAGAGGCGCUCGAGUAUCUCCGCAAAGAGAAGGAAGUGUACAUGAAGACCAACAUUCUGUACCAGCUGUGGAUCCAGGAGGCGUCCAAGAACCGCGAGCUGUGCGAGUCGAAGCGUGACGAGCUGCAGGCCAAGUACAAGGCGGAACUGGCUCGAAUGGAGAAGAACCGAGAGGAACUGCAGUCGGUGGAGGUCGUUUAUCAGCGUGUUAAGAGCGAGCACGAUGAAGUGGCCAAACAGCUGGAUGGAGCCAAGGCGGAGUACGCAGAGUUCGAGAAGCAGGACGUGAAGCUGCGGGAGGAGCUGAAGUACGCUAAAGAACGACAGAAGGAGCUGCAGUCGGCGCAGAAGAAGGAGCUCAAGAAGCAGAAGACCAUUGAACAGAAGAUGCAGGAGAACGAGGAGCUCGUGCCACAGCUGGAGAAAGAGGUCGAGAAGCUGCAGACGAAGCUCAAGAAGCAGGAGCAGGUGCUGGAGAGUAUUGUCGAGGGUCACAAGGAAGAGACAGCCAAGCUUCGUAGUACCAUGGAGGAGAUCCAGCAAGAGAUGGAGCCGCUUCAGAGCGAGAUGAAUGCGCUAAGGUCCGUGAUCGACACGACCGAGACGGAGAUUCAGCUGGUGGAGGAGCCCGUCACGAACGCCAAGAAGGCGCUUGAAGCCAACGCCUGUGGAGUUAUUGAAGCUGAAGCGAAUUUGCGUGGAAUGGAGGAAGAGCUGAACGAGAAGCAGGAGAAGCUCAUAAAGAUGAAGGAUCGUAUUGGCGUUGCUGAGCAAGAGCUGGAGGACGUGAAAGGCAGAGAAAGUUCCGUAGCCGAGAAGUAUCGCGAGGCCCGUACAAAGGCGGAAGAGGCUUCUGGCGCUGUGCAGUCUCAUGCCACUCGGAACCGUAUGUUGCGAGAGUUGCUCGAGGCCUCCAAGCCCGGCAAACCGCUGGAGAAAGCUGGAUUGUUUGGUCGCCUGGGAGAUCUCGGAGCCAUCGACGGCAAGUACGACGUUGCCAUCUCUACAGCAUGCGGCGCGUUGAACAACUUGGUGGUCGAGACAACGUCGGGGGCGCAGGCGUGUGUGGCGUAUCUACGCAAGCAUAAUCUGGGGCGUACGACCUUCCUGAUUCUAGAACAACUGGGCUACCUAAAGUCCAAAUAUUCGCAGCGCUUCCACGGUGUGACUGCUCCCUCUGGACAAGAAGCCCCGCGACUAUUUGACUUGGUGCAGGUGAAUGACGAGAAGUAUUUGCCAGCAUUCUACUAUGCUCUGCGUGACACUUUGGUGGCGAAGGACCUGGACGAGGCUUCUGCGAUCGCGUAUCAAGGACGGCAAUGCAAGUACCGUGUGGUGACUCUAGACGGACAGCUAGUUGAGAUGUCUGGCGCCAUGUCUGGUGGAGGGAAGCGAGCUCGUAGUGGUGGAAUGUCCAGUACUCUUGCAAGCGGCUUAAGUGAGGAGGAGAUCCGCAGUCUGCAGGAGGAGGCGUCGUCUUUACGCAGCGAGCUGGGUCAGAUUCGUGACGAGAAGGAGUCGCUGGAGAAGGAAUUGACGCAGCUCAGUCGCAAGAUCGAGCAGUACGAGAACGAUCUGCCCAAGAUCGAGUUGAAUGUAAGCGCUACGAAGACGCGUCUGGAGGAUUUCAGGAAGAAUACGAGCGUAUUGGAGAAGCAGACGACGCUCUCUCCAGAGGCGAAGAAGCAGGUGGAGAAGCUCAACAAGACCAAGACUGCCAAGGAAGCCGAGUACAAGACCACAAAGAUGAAAGUGGAUAAAAUGGCGGCGAAACUGGCCAAAAUGAAGGAGCAGAUCCUCGAUGUGGGCGGGGAGAAGCUGCGGAAGGAGCAGGAUGUGGCCAAGAAGAUCUCGAAGCAGAUUGCUGACAAGACGAAGCAGAUGACGAAGAUCCGCGUCGACUUUAAGAGUAGCCAGAAGAAUACCGAAAAGAACGAGCAGGCGCUGAAGAAGAUUGAGGAAGAUAUCGAGGCCGCCAAAACGAAAAUCGAGGACACCCGCGAGCAGAUCACUGCGAUGGAGGAGAAGGCGUUGGCUGUGCUCCAGAAGUGCGAGACUGUCCAAGAAGAGGUGACUGCCAAGGAGAAGGAGCUGCGUAAGGAUGAAGCGAAGUACCGGAAGCUGAAAAAGGAGUACGACGAGAUGGCGAGUGCUGAAGUGGAUCUAGCGAACAGUCUGGAGGACUGUGAGAAGAUGCUGGAGGAGAACAGCAAGAAGGAAACGUACUGGAAGUCCAAGCUCACCGCUCUGCACGAAGCGUUCGUCACGGAGCAAGAGCAGAAUGCUGGUGUCUUUGAAGAUGAGCGAGAUCUCCCCGCUCGGAAGCGUCAGAAGAAAACCAACCGAGACGCUAAUGCAGAGGAGGCGAUGGACGAGGAGCGUAAAGGGGAAGACGAAGAGACCGAGGACAGUGAAGAAGAGGAAGAUGCCAACCUGGACGUCACUCUCGAGAAGCUCCCGAUGCUGGACCCUGCUGCGCUGUCUCGCUACAGUAAAGAAGAGAUGAAGUACGAGAUUUCUGUGCUCGAACAGCAACGCGACGAGCUCAAGGCCAACGUCAAUAUGGGAGCGUUGGCCGAGUACACGCAGAAGCAGGAAGAAUACAAGGCGCGUGUGUUGGAGCUAGAAGAAGCCACGAAACUGCGCGAUGCCAAACGCCACGAGUACGACGAGCUUCGACGCAAGCGAUUGGAGGAGUUUAUGACUGGCUUCCGCACCAUUACGCUCAAGUUGAAGGAGAUGUACCAGAUGAUCACACUGGGUGGUGACGCUGAGCUGGAGCUGGUGGAUUCCCUGGACCCGUUCUCGGAAGGCGUCGUGUUCAGUGUGCGGCCGUCAAAGAAGAGCUGGAAGAACAUCUCGAAUCUCUCUGGAGGUGAGAAAACUCUGGCGUCGCUGGCUCUCGUGUUCGCGCUGCAUCACUACAAGCCGACGCCUCUGUACGUGAUGGACGAGAUCGAUGCUGCGCUGGACUUCAAGAACGUGUCGAUCGUGGGCAACUACAUCAAGCAACGGACGCGCAACGCCCAGUUCAUCAUCAUCUCCUUGCGCAACAACAUGUUUGAGCUCGCAGAUCGACUGGUGGGCAUUUACAAGACGAACGACGCGACGAAGAGUGUCACGAUCAACCCAAAGAUCUACGAGCAGGGCACCGCCAAGGCUGCGAACGGGACGACGACGCCCAUGACGAACAAGUCAGCAACUUGUACUAUCGCCAGCCCCAACAGCGGCUCGCGUCGAUCCGCGAAAAAGGCCCGACGAUCGAGCCAGCAGUCGGUGACGUCCCCCGUGGCACUGCAAAGCCCCUCAGCGGUGAGUACACCGCUGCAGGACCGAACGAAUCGAUCGUAGGGUAGAUAUUAAGUAAGUAUCUCUUUCCAGUCAAAACUACUUAUACUACUACUAUGGUACUUGCUAUAGUACUUUUUGUCCGGAAA